AAUGGAAUCAGUGGUGCGGUAUCCAUCCAACGCCUGAUUUAAUAGGCGCAGCGAAUAUAAAACAGCUCGUGAUCUUCAUGUUUCAUCCUCCCUCCUCCUCCUCCUCCUCUGCGGUCAUCAUCUCUUUCUCUCUCCCGGAGUCGGUCGAUCCCCUCAAUCGUUUCCGCCAUUAAAAUCCUCUUCCCCGCGCUCCUCCGCCUCGUGACCCAUCCGCACAGGUCGACAUUCCAUCAUCCGUCGCUCCCGAGAUCUUUGGUACUCGGUGGGGAGGCUCGGGCUUCCAAUGACGGUAGAUCUCGCGCCCUCCGCGCCCGCCUGACGUGACGCUGCUCUCCAAGCGCAGAUGGUUUGUUCGGUUUCGGAGGAGAGUGCAGACUGCGCCGUGGUGAGACGAGCGAAUGGUAGCGGCGGGGAGCGGGAGCAUGAAGUUGUACAUAUCCGCGGCGGGGGCCACGGGGCUUAAGAAGCUGACCAUAUCCGGCGGCGGCGGCGGGAAGGGGUCGCCGUCGACUGCUGCGGCAGCUCCGGCGAAUCCGGCGAAUCCGGCGGGCCGUCGGAUCGCGAGCCGCGCGGUGCUGCCGGCGGUGCUGGUGCUCAGCCUCGCGCUGCCGUUCCUGUUCGUCAGGGUCGCGUUCCUGGCGCUGGAAUCGGCUGCCGCUUGCUCUUCCUCCUCCAACGAUUGCUUUGGCUGGAGGUUUUUCGGCGUGAAUGACGCGGCUCUGCUCAGGGAGGAGCUGACGAGAGCGCUGCUGGAGGCGAAGGAGAGCAACGUGAACGGGCAGGGGACGGAGGGUUCAUCGCUGGAGUCGUUCGAUGAGCUGGUGAAGGAGAUGACGUCCCGCAGGCCCGACAUCAAGGAAUUCGCUUUCAAGACCAAAGCCAUGCUAAAAAGGAUGGAGCGGAAGGUUCUCGCCAAACAGCAGGAGUCAAUUUAUUGGCACUUAGCAUCACACGGUAUACCAAAAGGUCUUCAUUGCCUUUGCCUGAAACUGGCUGAAGAAUAUGCAGUCAAUGCUAUUGCUCGGUCUCGUCUACCUCCACCUCAAUAUGUUCCUCACCUUGCUGAUCCUCACUUCCACCAUGUUGUCCUCAUGACUGACAAUGUCCUUGCUGCAUCAGUUGUGAUCUCUUCAACUGUGCAAAACUCAGCUAAACCUGAAAAAUUGGUAUUUCACGUGGUCACUGAUAAGAAAACAUAUACUGCUAUGCAUGCCUGGUUUGCCAUAAAUCCAAUCAGGUUAGCUGUGGUUGAAGUUAAGGGACUGCACCAAUAUGAUUGGUCUCAGGAAGUCAACACUCACGUCAAGGAGAUGAUAGAUUUUCAUCGUCUUUUAUGGAGACGCUUCUACAGGAAUCUGAGAGGAGAGGAUUUAGAUGAAGCAAAAGAAAAAUAUGUUGAGGCUCUCAGUCCCAGCAACCUUUCCCUCUUGAAUCAUCUCCGCGUUUUCAUUCCCGAGCUGUUUCCAGAUCUAAACAAGGUGGUGUUCUUGGACGAUGAUCUCAUAGUUCAACGUGACUUAUCUCCACUCUGGGAACUAAAUCUCGAAGGCAAAGGUGUUGGUGCAGUUGUUAAUUCAUGGUGCGGAGAUGACUGCUGCCCAGGAAGACAGUACAAGGAUUACUUGAAUUUUUCACACCCUACUAUCUCAUCCAACUUUGAUUCGGAUCGUUGUGCAUGGUUGUAUGGGCUUAAUGUUUUCGAUCUGGAAGCCUGGAGGAGGAGUGACCUCACAAGAAAUUACCUAAACUGGCUAAAAAAGAGCCUCAAUUCGGGAUUGGAACUAUGGAUUCCUGGAGUUCUUCCACCAGCCUUGAUAGCUUUUGAUGGUCAUGUGCAUCCAAUUGAUCCUUCAUGGCACCUGGCCGGAUUGGGGCAUCGGUUCCCGGACACUCAGGGAAGGCUAGUGGAAGAUGCUGCAGUUAUACAUUUCAGUGGCCCUGCGAAGCCAUGGUUGGAAAUCGGAUCGUCCGAGGUACGGAGCUUAUGGUACAGGCAUUUAAAUCCCUCAAAUAAGUUUAUUAGAAAAUGUAGGAUAACCGGUUGAAGAGGACAAAGAUGUCUUUCAGCCCUUUUUGUCUGGACACUAGAGCAGAUAUAAGGAAGGGUACAGAGGGAAGAAGGUGUUGCCUUCAGUCUCUGCCUCCUGCACAGCUCUGCCCUAGGCAGUAUUACAGAAUAUCUUGUCUAUAAUAGAGAGAGAAAAAGGAUGAAGAUAUAUUGUCCUAGGUAUAUACACCACAGUCAGGUUCAGCCCCUCGGUGUAUCCAGAAUUAUGCAAAUCUUUGACAUUUAUGUAAAGUAGUCUGGUUAGAUGGAAUAGAUUUUGUUCAAUAAGUGUUAGAAAUGAUCUGUAAUGCCUACAAAGAGGGGAUUACAUUCGCUCUUUGUCCGUGAUUCAGCUUCCCUUUCUUGCCUUUGCCUUUCUAAGAAGUAACUUGCAUCAGAAGUAAUACUUGAAAGCCGCGAUGCUUCCCCCAGUUUAGGACAUAAAUUAGUCUCAGGGAGCUCCUUUUGGACUCAAGAAGGAGAUAAAGAGAGAGACCAUUGCCUGCCUGGAGGGAUGAUGCCACGAUGAUUCAGAGCGGAUGUGAUGUAUAAACGAAAUUGUUGUAUCGGUAUGGUAGCAUAUAGUGAAAAUCUCUCGGUUUCUUGAUUGUCGAAAGAUAAUGGUAUCAAAAUUCAAGAUCAGUUGCUUUGA